CAUUUUUAUGGAAAAUCAAGUGCGCGCAUCCGCCUUCUUUUGACAUGGCUGCUGGCACAUAAACCAGAGAUUAAAGAAUACCUAUAUUCUUGUAAAACACGCGUUACGAACAACCAUGGAUCUUCAUUCUAGUGCCCAGGAUGUGCACCGAUGUGACCUUUGUGAGACCGCCAUAGUACACAGCUACUGUGACUUUUGUCAUGUCAACCUCUGCAAGCCCUGUGUAGUAGAUCACAUCUCAGAUGGAUAUGACAAACAUAAAAUAGUCCCUUUCAAGGAGCGCAGAUCAACCCCCAUUUAUCCGAAAUGUAGAACACAUUCACAUAAAUUCUGUGAAUUUCAAUGUGUAAAUUGCAACAACCUUUUGAUUUGUUCUUCCUGCAUGGCAUCUGAGCAACACAUGAGCCAUAAAUUUGUAGAAAUUGCAGAGAUAUACAAGAAAAAUAAAGAAGCCAUUGACAAAGAUGCAGUAGAAUUAGAAAAUUCUAUUUUUCCUACAUAUGAAGAAAUCGCACUUGACUUGGAAAAUCAGCUUGCCAGCUUAGACGGGGGAUAUGAAAAACUUAUAACAGAAAUUUCAAAACAAGGAGAGCAAUGGCACAGAGAAAUCGACAUCGUUGUCAACAAAAUAAAAACUGAAAUCAGCAAGAUAAAAUUUAAACACAGAGACAUUCUACAGAAACAUUUGGAUGAAAUCGAACAAACACAGACUCUCAUAAAGAAAACUAUACUGGCCAUAAGAAAACUUGAGAAAUCCACUGAAAUAUCUUCUACCAUUGAAUACAGCUCUAAGAUCAGAGAACUCAGCAAGGUUCCACCCAAGAUUCAGGUAUCACUGCCAACAUUCAUUCCAAAACCAAUAGACCUUGAGAAGCUGUAUAGUUUGUUUGGACAGAUCACCCCAUUAUCUACUGCAACAGAAAAAAAUGCAUUUCUGCUGAACCAAACUAACCCCUCAGUAAAAGACCUACUGGAUGAACCAGAGCUUAUAACCACAAUACUAACUGGGUAUGAAUAUCUACGAAGUAUUAUCUGUCAUAAUGAAGACAGGAUCUGGAUGAGUGAUGAGACCAAUGAUAUCAAAUGCUUCAACAUUGAAGGUUCACUCUGCCAGACAAUCAAAACAAAAUCAGGGGAAUUCCCAAAUGAUAUAGCCGAAGACAAUGAUGAGGAUCUACUGUACUCAAAUGGAAGAACAAAAACAGUGAAUAGAGUAAAAAAUGGUCAGACAGAAAAGUUGAUCAGAUUACAGGGAUGGAGGCCUCGUCAGCUGUGUGUCACCUCUACUGGUGAUCUCCUGGUUGCCAUGUGCACUGAUGAUAAAACUCAAUCCAAAAUUGUCCGUUACUCGGGAUUUACAGAAAAACAAACAAUUCAAUUUGAUGAUGGAGGUAAACCUCUGUACUCAGGGAAUGAAAAAAUUAAAUACAUCACAGAGAACAGAAACCAUGACAUCUGUGUAGCUGACUUUUGGGCUUUUGCAGUAGUGGUGGUUAAUCAGGACGGCAAACUCAGAUGGAGAUACACCGGUCAUCCCUCGGUUACCAAGAACGAACCAUUUAAACCCUGGGGUAUCACAACAGACAGCCAGAGUCGUGUCCUGACAGCUGAUCAUAUCAACCACUGUAUCCACAUUCUGGAUCAGAAUGGACAGUUUCUCCGUUACAUUGAUAACUGUGAUCUGGAGUAUCCUACUGGUUUAUGUGUGGACAACAAUGACAAUCUGUUUGUGUGUGAAUAUAACAGUGGCAUUGUUGAGAAAAUCAAAUAUUUAAACUAGAUGUUGAAAAUUGUUCACAUAGAAUAACCGUGACUUCUAUGGAUUAUGAAAUUUUCUGUGAAUUGCUCUAAACAUAAAUUGCAAUAUGCAUAUAUUCAAAGACAGCAUUACCUAGGUGCAGGAUGAUUCUUUCCUUUGUAAACUAGGGUAGGCAUUAAUUCUUUCAUGCUAACUAUGCCUCAAUAUCAGCACUCGCUCUCCAAAAUUUUAACUUUUCCCCAUUUUAUUUCAGACUGUUCUGUUUACUGAAGUUCACCAUGUUCACACGGACGUAUUUCACUGAUUUUUAAAAAAAAUUCAUCAAUGUAGUCAAAAGUAACGAAAAAUUUAAUCAAAAUCAAACUACUUUCAGCUCAAUGCUCGGAAAUUUUUGUAUGCCACGAUAAAUUAAAUGUGUACAAUUUUAUGUAUUUUGUUUAGUCUUUUAUGAAUAAAAGACCAGGUAAUGGUUCACAGAAAUUUUUCAAAUCUAAAAUGAGACAAUCCGCCCGGUAUAACAUCCAUCAACACAUAGAUAAAUUUCCUUUUCUAAACUGAUAUAGCAGCCCUGCAUUGUGUGUGUGUAAUAGGCUACGAUAGGUUAUAAUUCAGAAAUAGACAUUUGAUGAAGUAAAAAAAAAUCUUUUGAUGCAUCUAAUAUGCAUAUAAUUAAAAUGUGAUUAUUUUAACAUUUUUUGGUGUUUGCAAAAGGGUGUGUAUUUAAAAUCCUACCCGUCA